AUGACCAGCCUGAAGCGUUCGCAGACAGAACGCUCAGUGGGGGGCUCUGUGCCGGCCUCUGAUGAAUUUUACACUCGGCGUUUGCGCCUCCCAAAUGGAGGUGCGCCCCCGCCCCGCAGCGAGAGCGCACACAUCUCCUCUUCCAACACUGGGAACAGCCCUGGAGUCCCCAAGAUGGGAGUACGUGCACGCGUUGCGGACUGGCCUCCCAGAAAAGAUGGAGGGAGCGGUGGCGUCUGGCACAUCACUGUAGAAACCGAUUCUCCAAGUUCCACCACAACAUCGUCCUCUGGUUCUGGGAGCGGUGAUCGAGAGAGGAUUCUGGGGGAGAGAAGUGAGCGGUCGGAGAGAGGGGGAGGGAGUGGGGGUAGCGGGGGGAGUGGGGGGAGUGGGGGAGGGAGUGGCCCAGGGAGUGGCCCGUCUUCAUCUACUGCUCAUACAAACUUGUCUGCCAAACUGGGUCACCUCAUCAGCCCGCAAGAUUCCUCGAUGCUCCGCAACAUUCAGAACACGCUGAAAAACAAGAUGCACAAGGGCAAAGACAACCGCUUCCUGUCUCCGGACGGAUACCAGGGCUCACCGCGGAAAGGCGUGCGCCGUAUCCGUCAGCGUAGCAAUAGCGACAUCACCAUCAGCGAGUUGGAUGGUGACAACGAGGGCUGGUCAUUCUCAGGCUGGACACCCAUGCACCGCGAGUACGGUAGCACCUCGUCCAUAGACAAACAUGGAGUGUCUGGAGAGAGCUUUUUCGACAUGCUCAAAGGAUACCAGUCUUCAGAGGCUCCGGAUCAGAGAAGUCCAGCUCCAGAAAGACUAUCGGAGCUGCUGACUGUGGCCCCAGUUAAACAGGCUGCCCUGGAUCUGCCCGAUGGACCCCUCAUUAAGGGGAGUCCUGCCAGUCGCCUGAAAGAGCGGGAGAAGCAGCUGAAGAGACGGUCGAAGUCAGAGGCGGGUAGCGAGUCCAUAUUCCGUAAACUACGUAGCGUCAAAGUGGAAGGCGACACGUCCAGAGCUGGGUCAGACGCAGAGGAUGGCGGGAAAGGAGACGAGAGAAUUCCCUUGCCCAAGCCCUGGGUCUGCCAGAGGGGCUUCGCCCACUUCGACGUCCAGUCCCUGUUGUUCGACCUAAAUGAAGCCGUUCAAAGCAGACAGUCCGGAUCGAAGCGCAAAAACACCACCACAGGGGCGUCUGCUGCAUCUGCCAGUUCCUCCCUUUCGUCCAAUCAGAGUGCAGCGUAUGGGUCUCCCUGCGGGUCACAAGAAGAGCUCAGUAUGAAGGAGGGAUCGGGACAUGGAAGUAACCCCACCCUCGAUCCUGGGGACGACAAGAGCAACGAGCUGGUCCUGAGCUGUCCCUGUUUCAGAAAUGAGAUUGGAGGAGAGGGAGAGAGAACUAUUGCACCUGCCAAACAGCAGGGUAGCAUAGGCAGUGGGGGCUCGAGCAGCGGCUCGGGCAGCUCGGAGGAGGGGCCCCUGGACUCCACUCUCUCCUCUCACUUCACGAAUGCAGGCGUGGCCGUGCUGGAGGCCCCCAAGGACGGACCUGGCCUGCACAUUGACCGCACCAAGAGAUACAUCGUGGAGCAUGUGGACCUUGGAGCCUACUAUUACAGGAAGUACUUCUACCUCCGAGAGCAUUGGAACUACCUGGGGGUGGAUGAGAACCUGGGGCCCGUGGCAGUGAGUCUGCGACGGGAGAAACUUGAGGAGCAUAAGGAGCAUGGGCAGCAGUACAACUACAGGGUGAUCUUCAGGACCAGCGAGCUGAACACAUUGAGGGGCUCAAUCCUGGAGGAUGCCAUCCCCUCCUCCUCGAAGCAUGGGCUGGCCCGAGGUCUGCCUCUGAAGGAGGUCCUGGAGCACCUGGUCCCAGAGCUAAACCUACACUGUCUGCGGCUGGCCCUCAACACGCCCAAGGUCACGGACCAACUCAUGAAGCUGGACGAGCAGGGGCUGAGCUUCCAGAGGAAGGUGGGGGUGAUGUACUGCAUGGCGGGACAGAGCAGUGAGGAGGAGAUGUACAACAACGAGGCGUCUGGUCCAGCGCUGGAUGAGUUCUUACAGCUGCUGGGGGAGAAGGUCCGCCUCAAGGGCUUCAGCCAGUACAGAGCCCAGCUGGACACCAAGACUGAUUCCACUGGGACCCACUCCAUGUUCACAACCUACAAGGACUAUGAGAUCAUGUUCCAUGUGUCCACAAUGCUGCCCUACACGCCCAACAACAAACAGCAGUUACUGAGGAAACGCCACAUUGGGAACGACAUUGUGACCAUCGUGUUCCAGGAGCCCGGAGCUCUGCCCUUCACUCCCAAAAACAUCCGCUCACAUUUUCAACAUGUGUUUGUGGUCGUCCACGUUCACAGCCCCUGCUCCGACAGCACUUCAUACAGCGUUGCAGUCACCCGCUCUAAAGACAUGCCCUCGUUUGGUCCGCCCAUUCCAGAGAAUGUGACCUUCCCCAAGUCCUCGGUCUUCAGGGACUUCCUCCUGGCAAAGGUCAUCAACGCUGAGAAUGCAGCGCACAAAUCCAACAAGUUCUGCGCCAUGGCAACGCGCACAAGGCAGGAGUAUCUCCGUGACCUGGCCGAGAGACACACCACCAGCACGCCCAUCGACCCAUCUGGAAAGUUCCCCUUUAUCUCCCUGGCCCACAAGAAGAAGGAGAAGAGCAGGCCAUACUCUGGGGCCGAGCUCAGGAGCCUGGGAGCAAUUGCCUGGCAGGUUCAUGUGGAGGACCAUGCCACGGGGGCGGAGCUGGAUGCCCUGCUGGCUGUGUCCAAUGACUUCAUCAUCGUGUUGGACCAAGGAGAUGCCAGGGAAGUAGUCUUCAACUGUGCGACCAAGGACGUGAUUGGCUGGACCCUCAUCAAUCCGGCGUCUCUGAAGGUCUUCUAUGAGCGAGGCGACUGUCUGUCCCUGCGCAGCAUCAGCAACAACACAGAGGACUUCAAAGAGGUCCUCAAGAGACUAGAGACACGAGGUCCGCACGUGCACACAAGGUCCACGCACGCACAAGAGGUCCACACGCGCACGCACAAGAGGUCCGCACGUACAAAAGGUCCACACGCACAAGAGGUCCGCACGCGCACGCACAAGAGGUCCGCACGCGCACGCACAAGAGGUCCGCACGCACAAGAGGUCCGCACGCGCACGCACAAGAGGUCCGCACGCGCACGCACAAGAGGUCCGCACGCGCACGCACAAGAGGUCCGCACGCGCACGCACAAGAGGGCCGCACGCGCACGCACAAGAGGUCCGCACGCGCACGCACAAGAGGUCCGCACGCGCACGCACAAGAGGUCCGCACGCGCACGCACAAGAGGUCCGCACGCACGCACAAGAGGUCCGCACGCACAAGAGGUCCGCACGCACAAGAGGUCCGCGCACGCACAAGAGGUCCGCACGCACAAGAGGUCCGCACGCACAAGAGGUCCGCACGCACAAGAGGUCCGCACGCACAAGAGGUCCGCGCGCGCACGCACAAGAGGUCGCGCGCGCGCACGCACAAGAGGUCCGCGCGCGCACGCACAAGAGGUCCGCGCGCGCACGCACAAGAGGUCCGCGCGCGCACGCACAAGAGGUCCGCGCGCGCACGCACAAGAGGUCCGCGCGCGCACGCACAAGAGGUCCGCGCGCGCACGCACAAGAGGUCCGCACGCGCACGCACAAGAGGUCCGCACGCGCACGCACAAGAGGUCCGCACGCGCACGCACAAGAGGUCCGCACGCGCACGCACAAGAGGUCCGCACGCGCACGCACAAGAGGUCCGCACGCGCACGCACAAGAGGUCCGCACGCGCACGCACAAGAGGUCCGCACGCGCACGCACAAGAGGUCCGCACGCACAAGAGGUCCGCACGCGCACGCACAAGAGGUCCGCACGCACAAGAGGUCCGCACGCACAAGAGGUCCGCACGCGCACGCACAAGAGGUCCGCACGCGCACGCACAAGAGGUCCGCGCACGCACAAGAGGUCCGCGCACGCACAAGAGGUCCGCGCACGCACAAGAGGUCCGCGCACGCACAAGAGGUCCGCGCACGCACAAGAGGUCCGCGCACGCACAAGAGGUCCGCGCACGCACAAGAGGUCCGCGCACGCACAAGAGGUCCGCGCACGCACAAGAGGUCCGCGCACGCACAAGAGGUCCGCGCACGCACAAGAGGUCCGCGCACGCACAAGAGGUCCGCGCACGCACAAGAGGUCCGCGCACGCACAAGAGGUCCGCGCACGCACAAGAGGUCCGCGCACGCACAAGAGGUCCGCGCACGCACAAGAGGUCCGCGCACGCACAAGAGGUCCGCGCACGCACAAGAGGUCCGCACGCACAAGAGGUCCACAGGCGCACGCACACGAGGUCCACAGGCGCACGCACACGAGGUCCACAGGCGCACGCACACGAGGUCCACAGGCGCACGCACACGAGGUCCACAGGCGCACGCACACGAGGUCCACAGGCGCACGCACACGAGGUCCACAGGCGCACGCACACGAGGUCCACCGGCGCACGCACACACGCGGUCCAUAUACACGGAAGACACACAAGAGGUCCAGAGUGGAUAG